GCCCCUCGCCGGCGGAGCGUGUUCCCGGAACUGCGGCGGCUGGUGGCAGGCGCGAUGGCGUCAAGGUUACUUCGCGGAGCCGGGGCGCUGGCCGCGCAGGCCGUGAGGGCCCGUGGCCCCCGUGGGGCGGCCGCGGUGCGCGCCAUGGCGUCUAGAGGUGGUGUUCCUACUGAUGAGGAGCAGGCUACAGGGCUGGAAAGGGAGAUCAUGAUGGCCACACGAAAGGGACUGGACCCUUAUAAUAUGGCAGCUCCCAAAGCAACUUCAGGCACCAAGGAAGACCCUAAUUUGGUUCCAUCCAUCAGCAACAAGAGGAUAGUGGGCUGCAUUUGUGAAGAAGACAACUGUACUGUCAUCUGGUUCUGGCUGCACAAAGGGGAAACUCAGCGAUGCCCAAGUUGUGGAAGCCACUACAAGCUGGUACCCCACCAGAUGGGUCACUAAUGUUCUCAGAAUGUGCUGAAAGGUUCUUCUUCCCAAUAAAGACUAGCCAUUGCUUUGGCUCCUCCUA